AUUAAUCACAAAUUAAAAUUUUAAACAAAACUACCAAAACAAAUUUUUAUUUAACAAAAUAUAUUUAAACAAAUAAAAAAUACAAAGUACCGUGUUCAGCAACCAAAACAAAAUACAACAAAUAUUUAAAAAACCAAACUACAAAUCUCGUUAUAUCUCAAUAUAAGUUUCUAUGAACACAGUUCAAAUUAAAAAAAAAAAAACAAAACAAAAAUCGAAUUUCCAUACUUAAAGCCGAAAACAUCGUGUUUUCCCCUAACAAAGUGAGAGUUCAAAGAGUUCAAAAUAUUAAACAAAACAAAAAAAUUAUUACAAAUUGUUAAUUACACAAAUUUUUGCUCGUUAGAAAUUGUUAUUAAGAUUACAAAUUAAAAAAAAAUUAAAAAAAACAGAAGACAGCUACCUCAAAUUCGUACAAAAAAAAAUCAAAGCCAGAAAAUCUGUUUGCUCAUUUCUAAAACUAAAUACAAAACUCAAUCAGUAGACAAAGUGUUCAAAAAACUUUCCGAAACCAAAAUAUAAACAAACAAAAAGUUCAAAAUUUUAAUUUAAAAUUUAAUUUUUUUUUUUGACGAUAAAUAAAAAAAAAGAAAACAAAACGGCCGAAAUAAUUUUCGAACUUGAAUGAUACAGAUAGCCAUGGUAGCGCGAGUUAAUAAAGUUAAAUGGCGUCUUUAAUUGCACAAAACUCGAGUGGGAGUGUUGAAUCGGGCGGGGCGGGUAAUCCGAAUAGUUUGCACCAUAAUCCUCACAAUACUCACUUGAACAAUCUAAGUCAUUACACAAAUAAUGCGCACGCCUUUCAUCCUCAACAACUUCAACAACAACAACAACCCCAACAUCAUCAACAACAACAACAACCGAAUAGUAUAUUAGUUGAUCAAAACAGUUGGGAUUACUAUGCCAGGCAACAACAGCAUCAGGAGCAUCAAAACUCCCAACAACAACAACAACAACACCAACAGCAACAACAACAAAACCAACAACAACAACAAAAUCAACAACAAUCACAACAACAACAACAACAACAGCAACAACAAGAAGAUGAAUCAAAUUCAGAUUCCAUAACAUCAGCGAAUAACGCCAACAGCAAUUACACACGUCCUUGGGAAAUGGAAACCAAGGACAACAAAGGCUUUGAGCCAUUCUCAAAGCUGCCAUCAUUCCAAAGUCAAUUCCAUGGCUAUAACGAAACGAAUGGUCUAAUGCCAGAUGGAUCGGUCUUAUCACCGCCCCAACAACCAGUGCCAGUAAUAAUAUCUCCGAGUAGUGGUUCGCCGCGACAGGGUGGUCCACAACUCACUCAAUUGACGUCCAUAAAUAGUCUCCAGCCGCCUCCAUUACCGCCACCCGCAACAACGGGUCUAAGUGCCCUAGCGACACCCAACUUCCACACACUAUCGGCGACAGCUGUUAAUAGUCCGGGUAGGCCAUAUCCACUGGUGCCGGCACCAAUUCAGGCCCGUGACAUUACAACCAUGAAUCAGCCGUAUUUGGAUGACAGACAUUUACAGUUAUAUCAGCCAAUUACCACAUUUCCAACACAAAAUUUGGUAACUCUGAUAAAGAAGGAAAGUUAUGAUCUCAAUAGUGGCUUAGUUGGUAGUGGUGGAUUAGUUGGCAAUGGAAUGCACACACCAACUUAUGACACUUCUGCAAUGAUGAUAGAUGGCGUUGGUAAUAAUGUUGGCUAUCAUCAUUCAAAUACAACACAACAUCAAACAGUUACAGCGUCAACAGCAUCACCAACUACGACUAAAAUCAAAAAAGAAUUAGCUUUUGAUAGUUCGAUGAUGAUUGAUGGUGGUAUUGGUAAUAAUGGCGGUUAUCAUCAUCCAAAUACAACACAACAUCAAGCAGUGACGGCGUCAACAACGACACCGAUAAAAAUUAAAAAAGAAUUGAAUUCGCCAAUUGUGAGAGUUGAUGCUCGGAAAAAGGAACGACGGAAAAAUCGAGCGAGUUCGCUGGAAUCGAGUGCCGAAUCAGAGAGCAGUGCAAUGGACGUGGAUCCGAGUAAUCCGGGUCAAGUGGAUGCUGUAUCGAGUACGGCGAAUUUUAAAAGUCCUCUCAAUACAACUGGCAUGAGUGAUUGCAGUGAAAUUAAUGGAUCAAAGGAGACCAAAAAGAAGCGAAAACGCUGUGGUGAAUGCAUCGGUUGUCAACGUAAAGACAAUUGUGGUGAAUGUGCUCCAUGUCGAAAUGAUAAAAGUCAUCAGAUAUGCAAGCAACGUCGCUGUGAAAAGCUCACAGAGAAAAAGAUUAUUUACGGUACAGACGGUCAAGUCGUACGCGCAGAAUCACGUCGUGGACGUGGUAAGGGACGAGGUGCUAGUACUGGGGUAAGUACUGAUGGCGAAAUCAAACCAAAAAAGACAAGAGGACGCAAACCAGGCGUAAGUUCGGCAAAAUUGAAUAAACUCAAUUCAGCUAUAUCACCUAGAAAUCAGCAACAAACAAAUUUAGCCUUGAGUCCGGCACCAGCAACAGUUUUACCACAUCCAUCACCAAAUACAACAACAGGAUCGAAUCCUUUAAGUUUGGGUGGUGGUAAUAAUAUAACAUCUAUAACUGUUCAAAUUCAAAAUCAACAGCAACAACAACAACAUCAACAACAACAACAGCAGCAACACCCUCAACAACAACAUCAGCAGCAACAACACCAUCAGCAACAACAACAACAAGCUGUACAAUCAUCACAGCAACAAGUUCAUCAACAAUCACAUCAAAUAUCAGCACAAAUACACACCAUGAAGGAUCAACCACAACAACCUAUGGCUCCAAUGGCCUUCUAUCCAACUUGGCAAACAGAUCCAUCACAAGGUUGGCAAAAUCAAUUCAUUCAACAAAUUCCACAAAAUAGUCCAGCAAUAACAUCGCUGAAUUCACUGGAAUUCCAACCACAAAGCUAUUCAUACCAACCGCCCAAUGGAUAUGUUCAAACAGGCCUCGGAUUUGAUCCGAAUUAUGGGAGAACGUAUGCCGCUCCAGUGCAGCGUUAUGAAUUUCAAACACAGCAAAUUGCUUCGCCAAUAAAUCAAGUGUCAUUGCAGAGUGUGAGCUUUGCUCCAGCUGUUACCUAUGCGGGCCAAGUGUCAACGGCUCCAGCUCCGCCUCCGGUUGUGCUGUCGAAUUCAUCGGCAGCAGCCGCUCAGCAACAUCAGUUGCAAGUGGGGGCAGCAUCUGAUUUGAAUAAGACCAUGUCGGGAAACGACACGCCUGGAUAUCCGCGGGUGAGCAGCGUACCGCCGCGCUCACUCAAUUGUAACGGGUAUUCAGGCGACUUUAGCGGAAAUCAAGCAACUGGCCCUCAAGCAGUAGCACAACAACAACAACAAUCAUCUGGUGGAGCAGGAAGUGGUGCUAGUGGCGCUACACCCGGCCAACAGCAAAGCUCCAAUUCGAACGCACAGCAAACGCAACAGCAGUCAUCCUCUCCCAUGCAUCCGCCAUCAGCACAAAGCGCUCAAAACCAACAACAGCAGCAAUCCUCUCAACAGGUUCCACAAUCGCCGACACGAGGGCAUAUGCAACAACAACAACAACGGCAUGUCUCUCAGUCUCCUAAUCAUGUUCCUCAAUCGCCCAACAGUCACAACAGCAGCAGUAAUUCAACCAACAACAUGCAGCAAUACCCAAUUCCACCAUCCCCAAAUCAUAAUUCUCAGCAAAUGUUGCAUGCCCCUCAUCAAGGCAUGCAUACGCCCAAUCAGCAACAACAACAGCAAGCUCAACCCAAUCACAUCUCUUCGCCCAGUCAUGCUCAAAUGUCCCAAGAUUGGAACUGGAAUACUCAAAACCAACAACCCGGUGCUCCAGGCGAAAUGUUUAACCAAGCUGAACGUGUCAACUUAAACACCCGAAUAAAAUCCAUGAUAUUGCGGAAGAACGAUCCUAAAGACAUCGGUCAAGGUGAUGUCCAAAUGCAACCACCGACUGGCCCAUCUGCCACCCAUGGUCAGUCUCAAAAUCAGACCGGUCAUUUUUUAUCGUAUAGCCACCAUCUCCGAGGCGAUUCAGCAUUGAACGCCAGCGGUUCUAGUGUGCCACAGCAACAGCAGCAGCAGCAACAGCAAACGCAUCAGCAACCAUCCGCGUCAGCUGCAGCAGCAGCAGCAGCUAGUGCAACACUCACAGAACCACACGGAGGUGGUGGCGAUCAAAUUUGGAAGCCGCAAGGUCAUUCUUUCAAGAAACCACCGAGCAGCUUCCAAAACUCAGAUCAACCGCAUCAUCAACCCCAACACCAUACAACAUCCCACAGCAGUAAGUCGAAGAAGAAGAGUCACAGUGCGGCCGAUGUGGAGAAAAAUAGCAACGAUCCGGGUGGGGGUAGUGGUUUGCACCAUCACCACACCCAGCAGCACGGCCAUCACCAUCAGAGGGGAUCUCCCCAUCAUCCCCAGGUCGAUAUCAAAACCGAAAAGUCAAGCUAUCCGCCAAUGUCUGGCUAUGGCCAUCAUCCUGAUCCGAAUUCUUGCUAUCCCGGAAUGAAUGCCCAAGGGCAGUAUCCAAUGAUAAAGCAAGAACCUGGACUCAUGCCGCCACAAGCCAACAAAAUGGAAGGCUACGAGCGUAACUAUCAGAACUUUAUCCAGUACGCUGACUAUUGUCAGAACGAAGUUCAACCAGCUGGAGGCAAUAAUGCAUCUCAACAGCAACAACAACAUCAACAACAGCAGCAGCAACAACACCAACAACAACAACAAGACUAUCAACAGCAGCACGGUUAUCAGAAUCCUGCCGCUUCCUAUUACGGUGCAGGCUAUCAGCAGCAUCAAAACAACUAUCAGCAGAACUUCUCGCCCAGUUAUCAACAUCCGCCACCACCGUUGCCACCACACUCGUCGUCGUCAGCAUCAACACCGUCUUCCUUUGGCUGUCCGCCAUCUUCCAAUGCGACGAAAUCUUCCAGUUCCAAUUCGAAAGGUGGUCACAGCCUAAUGGACCUGGAUCGCAAACACGAUCCAAGUAGUAACCUAUCGAUGCCGAUGAACUAUGAAAAAGAAAUUCCCGCACAUGCAUAUCCCAUUCCUCCGAAUCGAUAUUCCAUGAUGCAGGGCGCCGCCGAUAAGGCUGCCGAGCUUCAUCAUGCUAGCGAAGAAGUGGACAAAAUCACCGGUUAUCCGUUCCUAGGUGAGGGUGGUCCGGCAGCUAUUAAAAAUAUCAUUGGCUUUUCAUGCUGUCGGCAAGGUGGUACACGUGUUCCAACAAUAGAACAUUUAAAAGAUGGCUCUUGCAUGGGCAUGCAAACUAAGGAUGAAAUCCUCGACGAGGACGAAGAAGAGACUGAUGAAAAUGGUGAGCCAAAGGCUCCUAGCAAGAAGAAGAAUGCCAGUGAUGAUGGUACCAGUGAAGAAUCUUUAUCGGCACCUGCCGAAGUGGUUGUGAAACGUGAAACCAUCAAUCCCAUGUAUGAUACAACGGAUCGAUUGGAAAAGGGCAACAAGGCUGAAAUACCAGAGUGUGAUUGUUUUUCAUCAGACAAGAAUCCACCAGAACCUGGAAGUUAUUACACACAUUUAGGAUCUUCAGCGACUUUGGCUGAAUUGCGCAAAGAGAUCGAAGAUCGUUGCGGUAUUUCAGGAAGACAAUUGCGAAUUGAAAAGAUUGUCUAUACUGGCAAAGAGGGCAAAACGACGCAAGGCUGUCCUGUGGCCAAAUGGAUCAUCCGAAGAGCAGAUCCUGAAGAGAAAAUUCUUGUUGUUGUGAAGAAGCGUCAAGGUCAUAAAUGUCCUGCAGCAUUUAUUGUCGUCGCUAUGGUAGCUUGGGAUGGUAUGCCCCGACAAGAAGCUGAUAACGCUUAUAAGAAUCUGAUUGGCAAGCUCAAUAAAUACGGUCUGCCGACAACACGUCGUUGUGCCACCAACGAAAAUCGCACCUGUGCUUGUCAGGGUCUUGAUCCUGAAACAUCUGGUGCAUCCUAUAGCUUUGGUUGUUCAUGGUCUAUGUACUACAACGGGUGUAAAUACGCACGCUCCAAGACCGUACGCAAGUUCCGUCUGUCGGUGAAAAACGAGGAGAGUGCCAUCGAAGAUCACAUGAACCUCCUGGCCACGGUAUUGGCACCACUAUUCAAGCAAAUAGCCCCACGUUCCUAUGACAAUCAAACAAAGUACGAGAAAGAAGCGCCCGACUGCCGACUCGGUUUAAAACCGGGAAAACCAUUUUCGGGCGUGACAGCUUGUCUGGAUUUUUGUGCACAUGCUCAUAGAGACUUGCACAAUAUGCAAGAUGGCUGUACGGUACAAGUGGCAUUGCUGAAACCAUCGAAUCGUGAUGGACGACAGCCAGACGAUGAGCAAUUUCAUGUGUUACCGCUGUACACAAUGGAUGCAACGGAUGAAUUUGAUAGUGCCGAAGGGCAGAAGGAGAAGCAUCGCACUGGUGCUGUGCAAGUCCUCGACAAAUAUCCUUGUGAAGUGCGAGUACGAUCCACACCUCUUGUCCCGUGUCGAAGGCAUGGCAAGAAACGCAAGGAUGGCGAAGAUGUGGUCGAGGGUGCUGCAGCAGCAGUUACACCAGUGACAACGCCUCAGCCACCCCCAGUGACGCCCAAUCCGCCACCGCCAACAAAGAAGGAAUCGAGUAAAUCAAGAUCGAAAUCAAAGGCAAAUCAACAAGCACAACAACAACAGCAAUUGAAUCCACCGUCAACACCAUCGGCGCCACCAUCAACGCCUUCACCGCGGUGUCAGACUCCAGUUACCAAUAAUCCCAGUCCGGCGGGGAGUGCGUUCUCAACGCCACCUGUCAAUAAUGGCCAUAAUGGAGGUAAUAACAAUCUAAUGUCGUCCAAUUCGAGUUUAAUGAAUAUGGCAACUAUGAUUGACACCUUUACCGAUGCCCAACUGCAGUCGAAUCAGAUCUCAAGCACUGUCUUGGAUUCGCCCUACUCAUAUGACUAUCAAACGGGUUCCUAUAUUGACUCGCGCAACUAUUAUGGCAACUGGCCUCCACCGCCAUCAGCUCAUCCCGCUGGCGUUCCACAUGCUGCAGCGGCUCAACAUCCUGCAACUCAACAUCCGGCGGCACAACAUCCUGUUGCACAGCAACAUCCGGUGGCGACUAAUUUGACAACGCCACCAAAUCCGCCAAUGACUCCCACCACACCAAAUAGUCACCAUCAUCAGGCUCCUCUGCCGCCAGCGCCGACUGCUGUACAACAUCACGACGGCUAUGGUAACUUUAAUAGUCAUCUUCCGCCAGUCGGCAAUCAGCUGACACAGCUUCAAGAUGUUCGCGGAGAUGUUAAAAGUCGAGGUGGAAGUGAAGAGAACCCAGAUUCCACAACAAUCGUGAAUAACCUGAGCGAAAGCAGUAAAUUAACUCCUUUGACUCCAAUAACUAACUUGGGCCCUCCGCCCCUGGAAGAAGGCUUUGUCAAGCCGAAGCCACCGCCAGACUAUCAAUACUCCCAAUAUCCAAAUAACUAUCAGAUGUAUCCACCACCACCCCCGACGUACUCGCCGUACGAUGCUUACAACAACAUGAACUACAACUACGGCUACCAUCAUCAGCCGUAUUCACCGUACAGCAUGUACCCGCAACAAACACCACCUCCCACUCCACCACCGCCGUCACCCAACUGGAACAUGUAUCCGCCGUCCACGUCGACGCAGCAUCCACUCCCACCACAUGCAGCUGCCGCCGCCGCAAUGCACCAUCAGCAAGCGGCCUACACACCAACAGCACUGCCACCAGUGACUCACACACCACACGCACACCAUCAGCAAACCUCUUUGCCGCCUCAACAGCAGCAGCAUCCACACCAUCAUCAUUUGCAAUCUCUGUCACAAUCCCCGUUGCAUCAUCAUCAGCAACAAACAUCCUCGCAACAACAACAACAGCAACACCAGCAGCAUCAAACACCCUCCGCUGCCCAAUCGAAGCACUCUCAGAAUCCACAACAACCAUUACAGCAGCAACAACAAACACAAAUGGUAACACCACCGCUGCAACAACCGCCACCAGUCCAACAACAACCACCACCACAAACCGAUCUAUCACCUCCACCAAACGGUGCCGGUGCAACGGUCAAGGCUGAACCAAUUGGCGAAGUUACCGAGAUCAAUGAGAACCUCGAAGCAUUCCAAGAUCCACAAAUGGGUGGCGUUGCGAUCGCUCUCAAUCAUGGCAGUGUUCUCAUCGAAUGCGCCAAACACGAGAUGCAUUCCACAACGGCAGUCAAACGACCCAAUCGUCAUCAUCCAACUCGCAUGACUCUGAUUUUUUAUCAACAUCGCAAUCUCAAUCGCACCCGUCACGGUAUCGAUGAGUGGGAAGAAAAAAUGCGUGUGAAAAAAAUCAACACCGAAGCCGAUGCCAAAGCCAAAGAAGAAGGUCAAACGAAAAUCAAAAAAGAACCUCUAGACGAGGACGAUCUUGACGAAUUGGGCGAAUGCAGUGGUGGAGCUAGUGCUGGCGGUAGUUCUAGCCGCAAGGAAGGCAGCAGUAGUAAAUCAUCAUCAUCCGAUGGUCAUCAGGAAGCAAAGCGUAAUAAAAAAGACGGAAGCGACAGCAAGGCAAAAAAAAACUCCAACUCAACAAACACAACAACAACAAACAAUCACGAGCAGUCAAAAAACGAGAAAAUGGUCCUCCGUGCACCGACCCUAACAACUACUUCGUGGACAACUUUAUUCCCCAUGCAUCCAUGUGUGGUAACUGGGCCCUACCAAGAGGGCAACAGUAGUCCAUCAUCAACAACGGCCUCAUCACAGGCCUAGGUGUCGGAGGGCUGUAUUAAUUUCGCCUCUAUAUAAAAAAUAUGAUUUAAAAAAAAAAAUGGAAUAAAAACAAAAUGAUAUAAAAAGCAUUAAACUAUAAGAAGAAAAAAAUUAACUAAAAAAAACUCUGCUCAAUGAUUGUGAUUAAAAAUGAAUAAAAAAAAAAAAAAACGCAAAUAUCUGCGCUGUGCCAUAAAACAAAAAAUUGAAAUAUUGUUGAAUAUAAUUCGCAAAAAAAAAGGAUCACGCAUCAUCUUCAUCAACUUCUUCACACAUCGCAAUGACUCUC